AUGGUUCUCUGCUAUCGCGUUUCAUGUGCUCCGUCGGAAAAAGCAGGCUCUCAAGCACAAGCACGUUCCCAACGUUAACCGGCCGCUGUUAAGCUUAUACCCAACACACCUUCGCACCAAAGGAGAGCCUGGACUUUGGCUCUCAGGCUACCUGCACUUCCAUCGUUGGUGCCGACCGUCCACAACCUCAAAGACAACCUACCUGAAACCUUUCCACACAUCACGGUUCCUUGUGCAUUCCUGGAGAAAGCACCCCUUCACCUCGACAAUCGUUACCUUGGUUUUCAUUUAGGGUCACGGCAAAUCCUCGCAGCAAUGCCGCCAUCACAACCGUCGAUGCCACAACAAUCGUCACAACCAUCGCAUCCGACCCUCAUCAAUCUGCCACAGCCACCUUCGCGACCCGACACGCCUUCCGAGAUACCUGGUACGCCAACGAGCACAACUACAUCUCUCUCCGCCCUAUCCACCACCGCCAUCAAGGACGGCCACCGUGGUGCCCUCCAUCAUCGUGGCCACCAGCACAGCCCAUCAACCAACAGCCUCGAGGCCGAACGAGCCGAUCGAAUUAGCAGGCUCACAGGUUUAUCCGGCGUCUCGACACUACGCAGCCCACCCCACGGCCUCUCGCACUACAAUGACAAUCCCUUGCAGACGACACCGACAUCAACAGGGUUCACCGCAAAUGCCGUUUCCGCCGCUGCCGCCGCCGGGCUUACACCAGCCUACUUCAACGCGGCCGGGCAGCCAGUCGCCGCCACAAAAGUGAGCACAGUCGGCUCAGCAAGCGCAACCGAAAGCGUUGGCGGACGCACGAGCUCCACCAUCCAGGAGGGCGACGACAACUCUACACUCGGGGAAGACCGCGAUGAGGACAUGCUGACCGAGAUGGACUCAGCCAGCGCAAGCGGCUACAUGGGAGGUGAUAACGACGCCAUGGACGAGGAUCUAGACAACCUCACAUCGCGCAGCGUGGGCGGUUCCGAGGACCGCAUGUCGGACGAUGGCAGCGCCAGCCUGGUCGGCUUCGGCGAAGGCGCCGGCAGCACCCUCUCGGGCCCUAUAUAUCAACGCCGACCCCUCCCCUGGCAAAACAGCGGCGCUUCUGGAACCGGGCAGGGUUCAAACUGGGGCCUAGAGAGGAGCAGCUCGGGCCUCAGCGAGAGUGCCGUCGCAUUAUCCCCUCGUGGCAGCGGCGGCGGGCGUAGGGACUUUGCAGCACGCCCCCCAACAGACCGUGACACGGGGAGCGACACCCCCGUCAGCCAGUCGGCGGCGAGAGAGAGACAGGAGGCCCGCAUGAUGGAUGGUGUAGCCCUCGACAGCACCGAACCGCCAGCUUCCACCGCGUCGAUAGGAAGCGCGGGCGACGUCUUUGUCGACACGACGACGCGCGGCCCCGUGCCCGUACAGUCCACGACCCCGACCAGCACGACCAGUUCAGCUACCACAAAUCCAACGCAGGGGAGAAGAGGACGCCAGGGUCGGCAUCCACGCCAACCUACUACAUCGCAAUCGCACAAGUCCGAAACUACCGCAUCGGCUCCAACCCGCGAGCCGUGAGAGCGCAACCUUCGCGAGAGGAAGCGAGGGCCGGGUCGGGAACGCCACCUUGGGGAGCUCCCGACGAGGGAAAGGACGGGGCAAGUUCUAUUCCGAGGAGCCCUAGAGCGCCUAUGGGUUUUACCCAGCUAUUCUUCCUCGUUGACUGUUUAUUUCUUUUGUCCACGUCUAUUACUCGUUUGAGAUCUCGCGCAUCUUUUCUAACAACGUUUGGGCUUUGGCUGGGAAGGCACCAAACGGCGGAGGGUGUUAUCGGGGUUAUGGUUGCCGGUGUUCUGCGUGGAUAGUUGUGGGGUUUAUCGUAUAGGAUGACUGGCGUUCACUGGUGUAUCAUUAGUACAGGUCCACAGAGGCCACUGUAGUGUGUUUGCUUCACUCAGGUCGUCCUUAUUCAUGUAUCAUUCUCGCCAGCUCCCAU